AUGGCAGAUUUUCAAAUCAAAGAUUUUAGUCGUUAUCAUUUGACUAAAGAACAAAAAUCGUUAGUUGAUAAAGAUAAACUAAGUGAUGAUGUAUUUGAUCAAAUAAAAGAGUUUGAUCAUCACUUUUUGACUAAAGAACAAGAAUCGUUAAUUGAUAAUCUAAUAACAGACAAAGAAUUAAAAGAACGGUAUAAAGAAAAUGAUGUUGAAUAUUUAGCAAAAAGGAUUUUUGAAGCAGUUUGGAGAGAUGAUCCUUGGGUACUAAUAGAUUAUAAAAUAAUUCGAUUGAAAAGAAAGAUUAAUUCAUCAAGAUUUUCAUUGUGGGAAUAUACUGUAUUAAGCAAUAAUAUCCAUCAGGCUUAUAUUACCGACUUGGGAUUAUGUCAACCGGCAAAUGACAAAUCCUCUCAAAAUAAUAAUAAAAAAUUAUAUGGAGUAUUACCUUAUGUAGCUCCAGAAGUUUUAAGAGGAAAAGAAUAUACUCAAGCAAGGUUGAGGUCAAAGUCUAAUUAUAAAAUUCCUCAAUUAAUUUUUGACAUUAUUAAUAAAUGUUGGGAUGCAGACCCUUUAAAACGACCUAAUGCUAGUAAUAAAUUAUGUGAGUUAAUUAAUUAUUUUUAUUUUAAUAUAUAA